CGCAGCAUUGGUCCGGAAGAUGUCGCUUGGGCCAGUCCUAAAAAACUUCCGCCUUAAGUUGUAAAGAAAACACAGGAGCUAAAAGGCAGUCGACGGGAGAACCAAGCUAUUUAAGAAGUCAACCAAAAGGCUCUCGUCUCUCUGGAUCUUGUGUGGUUUUCAGGGAGUGUGAGUGUGAGUGCGUGCGUGUAUGUGUGAGUGUGUCUGAGCUGCAGUUUUCUCUUCACUGUUUUGACAAGAGCUACUCCUCCCUGGAGGAUGACAAUGGAGGAGAUGAAGAAUGAAGCGGAGACAAACUCCAUGGUAUCCAUGACACUGUACGCCGUGAUGUAUCCGGUUUUCAACGAGCUGGAAAGGAUUAACAUGUCAGCAGCUCAGACGCUCAGAGCAGCCUUCAAAAAGGCGGAGCGAGAGAACCCUGGCCUGACGCAGGACAUCAUAAUGAAGAUCUUGGAGAAGAAGAACGUGCAAAUUAACUUCACCGAAUCCCUGCUUCGCAUGGCUGCGGAUGAUGUGGAAGAGUUCAUGAUCAGUCGGCCUGGGCAGGAGUUCCAGGACCUGAACGAGAAGGCCAGAGCUCUGAAACAGAUCCUUAGCAAAAUCCCAGACGAGAUCAACGACAGAGUACGGUUUCUACAAACUAUCAAAGACAUAGCCAGCGCCAUAAAAGAGCUUCUGGAUACAGUCAACAACGUCAUUAAGAAAUAUCAGUACCAGAAUCGCAGAGCUCUGGAGCACCAGAAAAAGGAGUUUGUGAAGUACUCAAAAAGUUUCAGCGACACCCUCAAAACAUACUUCAAAGACGGAAAGGCAAUAAACGUCUUCAUCAGUGCAAACCGGCUCAUCCACCAAACCAACCUCAUACUGCAGACCUUCAAGACCGUGGCCUAGCCCGCCCGCAGAGAGCGCCGAGUCCCCACCUCCCCCGUCCCGUGGGGAGACACUGCUAAAGCGGAGGAAGCUUGACGAGCGCCUCGCCCAUAUAUGUAAAUUAGAGUUGAUUUUAAGGGUCGGGGAGGGGAGGGGGGUCGACUUCAUUGGAGUCGAGAUUCUAGAUUCCAGUUCAAAAGACUGAAAAGUGCCAUUUGUUUUCUCAAUGAGGAUUUUCCAGUCUUGAAGUGGAACUGAAGGGGCCCAAAGACUUUGGUUAAAUUGAUUUUAUUUGGACAGUUUUAAUUUAUAACCCUGUUCUUGUUUGGGAGGUGGUGAGGCCAGGUGUUUAUGAAAAGACUAAUUGCCAUUUUUCUAAUAUAUUCAUGAUGAUCAUUUUACUUUUAGCUUGUCAGUCACGACUACACGUCUGAGAGAGCACAUUCGAUUAGGGGUGCGUCUCAGCCUUCUUUACUGGUUUUCUCUUCUCGCCUCCUCUUGGUGUCAUUUUGCCACGGUGUGUUUGCGCAGGGCUGACAAAAAUUGGUCGCCCGGCUGCUGGGUGGAAACAAUCGCGAGGAGAGGGAGCAGUGUUGGACAUUUUGAGAGGCAGACUCAGAUUUUGUUUCUCGCUAUCAGAAGACAGAAAGCCAAAUUACUUCCAGCACUGUGUGCGCCUUACAAAGUCCUGUAACAUUCCCUCCUCUCAGAGUGUGAUGAAGUGGAACUGGUCCCUGCUGUUUAAGGGGAUGUAGAGAGAGAAAUUAAACUUCUGUAUUUAACUAAUGUCUGGUUGCAAAUGUUCAAAUAAAUAGUUUCCAAAUGAU